AUGGGCCGCACGGAGAAAUCCCAGGGUUUAGCGCCACCCGCGAUUCGCAAAGAUAUCCGAGCCAAACAGGCGCGCCACAUCAUCAACAAAGUGGUGCCUGCGCUUCUGGCAUCGAAUGCGAGAGCAAGACGGGGUGUAGACGGCAGCGAACUGAUCGCUGAUCCGGGCCCCAAUGGAGCAUCAGGACGACCAGGCCCGACCAGCACACGUACAGAAGGCGAUGAAAACGCAAUAUACGUAAAGAGAAAGGGCCAAGGGCGCCGAAAAGCCAAAGGCAGCGAAGGAAAAAGAGACGGAACCAAGACCUUGUCAAAAGGCAAAAACCGCAAACGCAAUGAUUCCCUCGACGAAGGCCUCUUAAACCUCACCAUACACCCCAUUCCCUCAUCUUCCUUCCCAAAAUCCCGCACCAUCCGCAUAAUAACAACCGACACUUUAACAGCCGCGCUCCUCCUUUCCCACUCCCCCUCCAAACCCCCUUCUAAAAAAGCCCCAAACACAUGCAUCCUCAACAUGGCCUCCCCCCUCCGUCCCGGUGGUGGCGUCUCCCUCGGCGCAACAUCGCAAGAAGAAUUCCUCUGCGCCCGCACCACGCUGCUCCCCUCCCUCAAAGAACAAUACUACCGCCUCCCAGAAUACGGCGGCAUCUACACCCCCGAUGUCCUCGUAUUCCGGAACCCCGGUCCCCUGGGCGAUAGCCACGGUGAAUUGCCGCCCACGGAGCGCUGGUACGUCGAUGUUAUUUCGGCGGGUAUGCUUCGGUUUCCGGAACUGGAGGGGGAAGAAGAUGAGGAGAAGAGGCUGGGGAGGAAGGAUCGAGAGGUUGUGGAGAGAAAGAUUAGAGGCGUGUUGAGAAUUGCGGAGUCGAAGGGAGUGAGUAGGUUGGUGCUUGGUGCUUGGGGGUGCGGCGCGUAUGGGAAUCCGGUGAGGGAUGUUGCGGAGGCGUUUCAGAGGGUGCUAGAUGGGGGUGUGGCCGGGGGUAGGAAGAAGAGUAAAGAUGGAGCCAUGGAGACGUGGUCUAGAAUUGGAGAAGUUGUUUUCGCCAUUGCGAAUCGCAAGAUGGCGGUGGAUUUUGCGGAUGCGUUUGGUGCAGGGAUUGAGGUGGAAGAUGGACCUGGGACUGCGGAUGGCGAGGAUGAGGAUGAAGAGGAAGAUGCGGUUGCGGAGGAGCUGCGGAAGAAGAUUCAGGAAAUGGAGAGCCAGAUUAGUUUGGUUUGGAAUGCUGAUCUCAAGGCGAGAAUGACGAUUAUUCUCGAUGGAUUGAAAUCUCAGCUAAGGGAAAGAGAAGGCACUCCUGAGACGAGUAUGGCUGAUGAAGAACAAGAUCAAGAUGAAAGUGAGGAGAGUGAAAAGGAAUAA